UUGAUCGACCGGCCGAAUUAUCCAUCAAAGCGUAGCACGUAUGCUUAUUAAUAUUAAUGCUAAGUACUUGCGGAUUCAGUGGGGCAACAUUAAGGUUGGAUGUCGUCUUUCUAGCACAGUUACAUGAUAGCUGGCUAGUUGGGUAGGAAAAGUUAAGGAAGCAUUUAAGUCAAGAUGUUGAGAAGACGAUGUUUUUAAUGCAACAGCUCAUUACGUAACCUGGCUGGAUAUUAUAGUUGAGAUGGCGCAAUGGUCUAACAUAAGGGAGCCGCCACCGAGCAUCACCGAAGAACCAGGAACAACUAAUGCCACUCCCCCAUUCCCUGCUUCAACCUACUAUGUGCGAGACAAGUUUUCACCUCUGCCCGAGUCCCUAACUAGCUACUGUCCACCUGCCAAGAAAAAAAGUUUAUUUUUAGCCUAUGUGUUAGCGUUAUCUCCCCUUGGCUUGCUGGGAGCGCAUCAUUUUUACCUGAAGCGCCGCAUAUGGGGUAAACUUUAUGCCUGCACACUUGGACUUCUGGGAGUUGGUUAUUUCGUCGACUGGUUCCGUAUCCCAUGGCUGGUCAGAGAAUAUAAUUACCCACAUAAAAGAAAACAAUUAUGGAAGGUUUCAGAAGCUUACAUUUUAUGGCUGCCAUUUGGGUUACUUGGGUUUCAUCGUUUCUAUUUGGGUCAUUACAGUCGGGGUAUAACGUAUGCAUUAACCUUUGGACUUUGUGGAUUUGCUUGUAUCAGAGAUCUCUUCAAAAUACCCAUUUUAGUGAAAACUAAAAAUACACCGAAAAUUGUUCGAAAAUAUAAAAAGAAAAGCAUUUACAUCGCUUAUCUUCUUUAUAUAACAGGCGGUAUUUUUGGGAUUCACCACUGGUAUUUGAAGCGUUCCGCUUGGUCAAUACUUUACCAAAUAACGCUGGGGUUUCUGGGACUGGGAUGCGUGCUGGAUUUUUUCCGCAUACCAUCGUUAGUGUCGCAUGCAAACGAUGAGAUUAGUGGGAAGAGAUUACCCGGCACAGCGUGUAUCGUAGAUGCCUACCAGCUCUGGUUUUUUUUUGGCUUGCUGGGCUUUCAUCACUUUUAUUUGAAUCGUGUGUGCUGGGGGAUCCUUUACUUUUUUACCCUCGGUAUCCUGGGCAUCGGUUGGUUGGUUGACUUUGUGCGAUUGCCAUAUUUGGUUGAGGAUUUUAACAAAAAGCUUGCAUAUCGAAGUCCCUCAGAGGCCCCCAUUUCUACAGUAGCGCCCACACAUGCAGUAGACACCACACAUACGGUAGACCCCACACAUACAGUAGCCCCCACACUUAAUGUAGCCCCCACACCUACUGUAGCC